GCUCCCGGCAUAGCUGCGUCACGUUCCGUUGGAUUCACCUGGCCGCACUGCGCACGCUGACUGGCUCCGAGACAUCUACCAGAAUAUCUCCGGCCAUUGUCAGCCUCUACCCUCGGUUUUAGCCCCAUAGACUUCUCCACCAACUGUUCGAGCCGCAAACAUGUCUGGCAGCGGGGCAAGAGAGGCCGUCUUCGCGACGCGGCAGUCGCUGGGUCUGAUGAAGAGCAAGCUCAAGGGCGCCCAGACCGGCCACGACCUGCUGAAGCGAAAGAGUGAGGCCCUGACCAAGCGCUUUCGAGAGAUAACGCGCCGUAUCGAUGAGGCCAAGCGCAAGAUGGGCAGGGUCAUGCAGGUCGCUGCUUUCUCCCUCGCCGAAGUUACCUACGCCGUCGGCGGCGACAUUGGCUACCAGAUUCAAGAAUCCGCAAAGCAAGCCCGCUUCCGCGUACGGACGAAACAAGAGAACGUCUCUGGUGUCUUCCUUCCCCAAUUCGAAAGCUUCACCGUCGAGCAGAACAACGACUUCGCCCUGACAGGUUUGGGCAAGGGUGGUCAGCAAGUACAAAGAUGCAGAGAGACGUACGCAAGGGCCGUCGAGACUUUGGUGGAACUGGCUAGUCUGCAGACUGCCUUUGUCAUAUUGGACGAAGUUAUCAAGGUGGUCAACCGCCGUGUAAACGCCAUUGAGCACGUCAUCAUCCCCCGAACCGAAAACACCAUUAAAUACAUCAACUCUGAGCUUGACGAGCUCGACCGAGAAGAGUUCUACCGCCUGAAGAAAGUGUCCAACAAGAAGCAGAAGGAUGCUGCCGAAGAGGAAGCCGCAAGGGUGGCGGCGAAGAAGAAGAACGAAGAGACGGAGAGUGAGGCGCGAGAAGAUGUUGCCGAGAGCAAGGACAUGCUGGGCGAUGAGGACAACGAAGACGUCAUCUUCUAAGCGCUCUACAAGCGACUAGUAGGACCUGUCCGUGUAGUCUCGUCUGCGGUCUAUUGGGCGCUCCAUCCACCUCGCUAGCUCUCGCUCGUCAACU